CUCCAAUUGUAAUUAUGACAGUUUCCUGUGCCCCUAAAUCACAGUGAUGUCUUCCCUGCAAAGCGGAACAGUGGUUUAGCGCGUGCCAGGAGGCGAACGCUUGGUGCAAUGUCAGGUUUUUGCGACAUUGGCAGACUCCCUUGCCAGCAUGAUACCGGCGUCAGAUCAUCGACACAGCCUUCUAACAGCGCAAGAUCGCGCGGGGAAGGGCGCGGAUGCCGCACUCUUGUCUUGGGUAAACGACAGCUUGGGCUAGCUCGGCAUAGGAAUCUACCGUCGUUGUCUUGCGGAAUGCUGGCAGCGAAGGAACAUAUGGGGUCAAGAAGACUUGAUCAGGCUGCAGAGAGGCAGCGGCCUCCCUUCGUGCAGCGGACGGGCAGCUACAGAAGCAUUGCGCCGUGCAGAAGCCAAGCAGAAGGUUCUUCAGGGGGUUCAGUCGGUGAGCCAGGGGCCAGACGAAGGUCGUACAGCGCUCCCAGGCCUCCCCUGCAGCGGCAGAGGCCGGGACCUCAGCGUCCAAUGGACUCCAGGCAGGCAAAGCCUCAGCAUCCCUCUCAGCAGCAGGUGCCUCAACGGCCCAGCAGCGAUCAGCAGAGGGUCCCAGCAGCACCCCAGCAGGAAAGUAGCGUUGAGAGAAACCAAAGAGAGCCUGGUACCUCUGUUGCAUGGAGCACCUCCAGCAAGAGGCCUACCCUGGUCCACUUCUGUCUGCAGUACCACACAAGCUACGGCCAGCAGAUCCGGCUUGUGGGAUCACAUGAAAAUCUAGGGUCGUGGCAGUUGAGGGAGGGGCCAGAUCUGCGCUGGACAGAGGGGGACAACUGGAGGGCCACGGUGGAGCUGCCCGGGGGGACCGUUUACGAAUACAAGUACGUGCUGCUGGACUCCUAUUCUGGCCACGCGCUGAGCUGGCAGCGAGGCAACAACUCGGUGCUCGCCAUCAAGGCCGGCGAGGAGUCUGUGGAGGUGAUUGACAACUGGGAGGGCCAGCCGGGGGCAGCGGUGGUGUCACGGGGGGCCUCUGUGACGCGGGAGCGAGCGCUGCUGGACUGGGCCAAUGAAAUGGAGGCGCUCGUCACCACCCAGAGGAAUGAUCUGAGGCGGGCGCGCAUGGAACUGGCGGUGGCGACGGAGGACGCGCAGCAGUCGCGGCUGGAGCUUAGGGUAGCGCGCGCUGAGCUGGCACGCUCCAAAGCGCAGCAGGCGGUGGAGCGGAGGAAGGCAGCAGAGCUGGAGGCAGCGAAUCAGCUGCUACAGCGGCACCUAGUAGAGAGCACAAACUCGUUCCGCGAAGCGCUGGAGCUUGUGGAAUCGCUUAUGGGCGCUGAGGACUUGCUGGGGGAUGACUCAGAGGAUGACGAGGAUGACUCACCAUCCAACUCAGACGGCGCAGCCCAGCAGCCCGGGAAAUCCCAGCAGAGCAAUAAUGGCACAGCCAGAACAGGAACCUUCCAGGAUGGCAGAGAUGGUGCCAAGGCUGGGCCAGGACUGCAAGAGAAAAAGAUGGAAGUAAUGACUUGA